AUGCGAACACAUUGGAGGGGUGUAGGGCGCGGUGGUGGCUGCCUAGUGGUGGCCGGUGGUUGGGUGCGGCUGGAGUGGUGGGUGCGGCGGGUGUGGGGGGCGCGGCGGGGGCUGGAGGGCGCGGCGGGGUGUGGGGCGGGGCGCGGCGCGGCGGGCGGGGCGCCGGCACGCCCGCGGCGACGCCGCCGCGUCUGGAGCGUCACUGCGCCCGUGAGCCCGGCGCCGCGAGCACGCAACACGUCGUCACUAGCCCGCGAGAACGCGAUGCGCGCCCACGCUGUCACAAACCCGCACGAACGCGCGCACCCAUCCGCCAGUGAUGUUCCCGCACCGCUCUCCUGUCAUGUGCCGUCGGUUCUAUCGUGA